UCUGACUUUCUAAACGGUUGAUGUCUCAUCAUCUCUGCGCAUCGCGACGGAACUGCAACUUUUAUCCACUGGUCUGCAUCCACCUUGAGAAGGCUGCUGUAGCCUUCCUAGACCGAACCUCGGAUUUAGAAAAAUGGAGUUUGCCAUGGUGGGUGCGGACGGCGGGUGCAACAGUCACCUGCCGUACGGAUAUGCCCAAGCUCGCGCGCGGGAGAGGGAGCGCGAGAGAGAGCGCCAGGUCGCUCAGACCAGAGCGGCGGCUGUGGCUGCAUCGAGCGAAGGAGGCUCCGGUGCAGAGGGAGGUGCAGGGGGGGCCACCUCCGCCACCUCCUCGGGCUCUCAUCUCCUUAACAACCGCCAGCAUCAACCGCGUGCCGCCACCUCCUCCUCCUCCUCCACCAACAUCAGCAGCAGCGGCGCCGCCUCGCGCCCCUCCUCCUCCUCCUCACAGCAGGAGCCCGAACAGCAACAGCAGCACAGAGUUCUCAGAGAGCGGAAAAAGCAGCGCGGCGUCGGUCGGUGGAGGCGCAACCGGGGGAAUCUCGGUGGAGACCUGCGCCACUCUGAGCUGGCGCUGCUCGGAUCCGAGGAGGACAUCAUGAUAGAGGAGGAGGAGGCCGAGGAAGAGGAGGAGGAGUUGGUAGAAGGGGGAGAGGCAGCGGGGGGUGGCCGGGGGAGCAAGAGGUCGAGCUUUCUGUGCAACAUGGAUGAUGAGGAGGAGACGGUGUCUAUCACCGACAGGCGACCACAGUCCGGAUACGAGAACGUUUACAGCUACUGCGGCUGCUGCGAGCGGGUGGUCAUCAACGUGUCGGGGCUGAAGUUUGAAACUCAGCUCAAGACUCUCACUCAGUUCCCGGACACCCUGCUUGGAGACCCCGAUAAGCGGAUCAGGUACUUCGACCCGCUGAGGAACGAAUACUUCUUCGACAGGAACCGGCCGAGUUUUGACGCUAUUCUUUACUAUUACCAGUCAGGAGGGCGGUUAAAAAGACCCGCCAACGUCCCGUUUGACAUUUUCUCAGAGGAGGUAAAGUUUUAUGAACUCGGGGAGGAAGCAAUCCUGAAGUUUCGGGAGGAUGAAGGGUUUGUGAAAGAGGAGGAGAAACCUCUGCCUGAGGACGAGUUCAAGCGCCAGAUCUGGCUGCUUUUUGAGUACCCGGAGAGUUCCACUCCUGCCAGAGGGAUAGCGGUGGUCUCCGUCCUGGUUAUAGUCAUUUCAAUUGUCAUCUUCUGCUUAGAGACGCUGCCGGAAUUCAGGGAUGAAAAAGAGUACCUCCAGCCACGGCUGAACUCCUCUCAGCCCGACCACGGAUUUACGCCCUUCAACGACCCGUUUUUCAUCGUGGAGACGGUCUGCAUCAUCUGGUUCUCCUUUGAGAUUAUAGUUCGCUUCUUUGCGAGCCCCAGCAAACCCGCUUUCUUUAAAAACAUCAUGAACACCAUAGACAUCGUGUCCAUUUUGCCUUAUUUCAUAACCCUCGGCACGGAUCUGGCGCAGCAUCAGGGCAACGGGCAACAGGCGAUGAGCUUUGCCAUCCUGAGAAUAAUCCGCCUGGUCAGGGUGUUCCGCAUCUUCAAACUGUCCAGGCACUCCAAGGGGCUGCAGAUACUGGGGCAUACUCUGCGCGCCAGCAUGCGGGAGCUGGCUCUCCUCAUCUUCUUCCUGGUCAUAGGCGUCAUCCUCUUCUCCAGCGCGGUGUACUUCGCCGAGGCUGACGAGCCCACCUCACAGUUCACCAGCAUCCCGGAUGCUUUCUGGUGGGCCGUGGUUACCAUGACCACGGUGGGCUACGGCGACAUGAAGCCGAUCACAGUCGGUGGGAAGAUAGUGGGCUCCCUGUGCGCGAUCGCGGGCGUGUUGACCAUCGCGCUCCCGGUGCCCGUCAUAGUGUCCAACUUUAACUACUUUUACCACCGGGAGACCGACAACGAGGACCAGUCUCCUGUGGUGGAGAGCAUGCCGCCCGCCUGCCCGUAUUUCCCAGACUUUCUAAGGAAGUUCAAAGGCUCUCCUUCUGGCUCCUCGAUGGGUGACAAAGGGGAUUACAUGGAGAUGGAGGAGGGGGUGACGGAGUCGCUCUGCGGGCUGGACAAGAGCCCCAGUAAAGGAAACGGCACAGACAUAAGCAGGAAAAACAGUACAAACUCUAAAUCAAUUCAGACUGACGUGUGACUAAAGUUUUAUCCUAUUGUUUUCUAAAUAAGAACAACAUCAGAUUAAAGACACUUCCUGCCCAACAGCAGCUGAAUAACAUCCCCCCUCAAUAGGCCUAUGGGUUUUACGCACGCCUCUCAUAUGCACACAUUCACCCUCAUAGGGGAUCAAUUGGCAUGGAGAGUUUCUAUCUGCCUGAUAGACUCAGAAACAUCCGUUCAUUCAGUGUGGGCUUCCAAAUCUGACAUGGAAUCUGAAUUAGGCACCAGGCUAUGCAUUCGCACUUUAUGACUUUCAUCUGUCACAUUACAGGGGAUAGAGACGGUCGUUUGUUUUGCUGUUAUGCAAUAAAGUUUAAAUUUGUUUGCACUAUAAUGUAGAAUUUGCGCUGGGUUAGAGACAGUAACUGUAGGCCAUACAGAUGGCAACACUCUGCUCACCUGGAUACAGACUGUAUGAGUAGAGAAAAUUGGGAAACUAUUUCACACAGGCUGCCAGAGAAGAAAAAACAACUCUGAGCUAUUUUAUAUAAAAAGCCUAAGAGAGAAGGUUUUUAAUCAAUGUCCAUUUAAUAUACUCAAACAAAACUUAUCUACACAUUGAUGAGAUCAUAAAGCAGGCAUUAAAUGAACCAGGGCUAUAAUGAAAUAAGCUUUUCCAUAAGAGGCCAAAAAUAAAAAGACCCACCAUGAGAGCUAAGCACAGGAGUCAUCAUUGUUUAAAAUGGCUGGAGAAGUCACUCAGACCCAGGUUUUCUACGGAUCAUCCUAAAGCCUAGUCUAAAACAUGUUUUCAUUAAGAGCACCUCAAAAUGACAGUAUCCCUUUACAAAGAUGAAGACGGGAAGUUACGGCAUAAAAGACUCUGACGUGGAACUCUUUCAAAGGAGAGAUUAUGAGCAUCUUUCCCUCCUUUCUGCUGGACUCUGUGCACAAAAAGAUACAUAUAAUCUAUUUCUUUUUUUGCUCAAGAGGACUUUGAUUAUCUCAGAGCACAUAAGAUAAUCGGCAUGUGGAUGUCUUCCAAGUUUGGAGAAUGUGUGUUUUGGAAGACUGAGCCAACCCCCCCUCCAAACAAACUGCUGGAAAACAUGAAGACCUGCAUAAAAAUCUCUGCCAGUUACAGAGAGAGGGAAUAACCCCCACCUCUCUGGAGAAUCCAGACAACAAGCAAAACAUUGUGACCAGUCAACUUUAAGCCCUAUUGGACACAGGAAAAAAGAAAAAGCAACAACCGGACGGGACCUCGAACAAAUUCUGAGAAGCAGAGAAGAAAGCUGCUUUAAUUUAUCAGUAAACUAACCCUUAAAGGGUUGACACUGGACUUGGAAAAAAAGUAAGUCGUGGCCCAAAAUGAUUGCCUUAAUUACACUUAGAUAAAUGUAAGGAGUAAUGAUAAUAAGAUACUUAUAAAAGUUUAAAGAUGUUUUCUUUUCAUGUGAAAAAAAGUGUCUUGUAAGGAACAGAUGUGAAUAUUUUAAUAUGAUAGAAACGUUUGGUUGUAAUGUUAACAUUAUGUUCUAGCUGGGUCAGCUUUGUAGGAGUCUUUGGUUCCUAAAUGGUAUGUUGGCCCUCUGCUCUUAUGCAGCCAGUACUACAAAUGUUUUGUUUUUCAUUUUGGUUCAUAUUGUCAACAGAACAAGGCUGGCCUGAGUUGCUGGCAACAAAAAUGUUGAUUUAUACUGAUAACACAAGAAAAUCCUCGUUAAGAAGGCAUAUAAAGCUUGGGAGAGAAGGCAGCACACUAAAAUACUCCUGAAGAGUAUCUUCUUUCAUAAAGAAUCACUUACACUAAAGCAAAGAUGUCAGGAACAUAAACACCUGUCAUAAAUAUCUGCCACAUUCAGUUUUUAUCACAUGAAAUGGCAGAUUAAAGCUUUCACCUUCCAGGUUAUUGAGGAAAAAAAAAAAAGUACUUUUACUUUUGUUUUCUUUAUUUUCUCAGAUGCAAGUUUAGAGCUGACCAGCUGCUUUGCUGAUAUGUUUCACUCUGAAUUUUCUGUAUGCAAAAGUAACAUGAACAUGUGUUCUAUAUUUUUUUAAACCUAGCCUUGAUAAUUACAUAACCAAAGGUGAAACCCUGAAUUUAUUGUAUGUUGUGGACUUCUGAAAAAUGUUGUGAUAUAGAUGCACUCAGAAUGGGAGAGGGAUAAAGACAAUUGUAAAUAUCAGACGUUUAUACAUGUGUGUCCGAAGAUGUGUUGCAAGCAGAGUAAAUUUUUUCUUUAGUUUCUUUGACUGUUAUGACCAUCAACCAUGAGAAUCUGCUUGGUUUGUUAAAAAACAUGAUACAAUCACGUUCCUCAUUUGUUACUGAUGCUGCUCAAACAUUCUCCAUUGCUGU